AUGGACCUUUCCAUACCCGAUGGCCUGUCUUUAGAGGCCAAGUCGAAACUUCGGAUGCUCAUACAAGAGUUUGAGGACGGAGAUCUGACGGCAAAAGGCUACUACAGAAAAAGACAUGAGCUGUUGGAUCAAAAUCAAAAUCGAAAUCAAAAUGCAUUGCCAACGUCACCGCUGGCGUCUAGAAGAUCCACAACAUACGGUAAUCUCGGCCACACGCGAAACACAAGCGUGGCGUCCACAAUAAGGUCGCACAUCUCGCGAACAACACCCAAAAAGGACAACUACGUCAUCGACACUUCCUCACCAACGAUCAACUCGAGACAAACUUCAACAUCCAUGUAUAGAGUCACAACGCGGAAUUCGAGCCUUCUCAACAGCGUGGCAGGAUCCUUGAAGUCCCCUCCACCAGGUACCGAAGACGGUGAUGCGGGUCCCUUCUAUAAGCCUAUGAUGCCUUUACUGCCGCGGACUGAAAGCGCCCCUGUAUUAGACUCUUUGCCCUCCAUUCUUCGCGCACGCUCGCAGCUCUACGAGCGUGAGACUGCCUUUCUGUGCAUCAAUCAUAAAAACAAAGAAACUAGCAUCUCGUGGGACAAACUCUACCUUCGAGCAGAACGUGUGGCACACGAAAUCGAAAAACACAGACUCUACAAAAUGGCCAAAGUGCUCCUAUGGUUCAACAAGGACGAUCUUGUGGAGUUCGCGGUCUCCAUGUUGGGGUGCUUCAUAGCCGGAAUGGUGGCUGUUCCCGUGUCACUACAAACAUACUCCCUUGGCGAAGUCAUCCAGAUUGUGAAUUUAACAAGUGCAACGGUGGCACUCAUUUCAGAUACUUGUUUGAAACAAAUUGAUAAUUUAGAGUAUCGGGACAACGCCAAAGUUAAGCUGACGAGGGAAGGAGUUUUAUCCCAAAUGACAUAUAUUGCUACUGAAGACCUGGGUACAUACUCCAAGGCCAAAAAAAACAAACCCACUUUCGAGAUCCCUAGCGUUUCUUACAUUGAAUUUACCAGAACACCACUCGGCCGUCUGUCCGGUGUGGUGAUAAAGCACAAGAUUCUAUCCAAGCAACUAGAAACGCUUGCGAACAUUUUAAAUUCACGAAGAGAGACACACGGGACUACCGGGGACAUCCGACGGUCCUACAAAAAAAAUAGAACUGCAUCUCGGUAUACUAUCCUGAGCACCCUGGACCCGACAAGGUCGACUGGAUUGAUCUUUGGCGUCCUUUUCAAUAUUUACACGGGUAAUUUGCUAAUGACUUUUGACGAUAGUUUGCUCCAACAGCCUGGCUUGUAUGAAAACAUUAUUAACAAACAUCGUGUUAAUGUUUUGCUAAAUGAUCAGCUGCAAUUGAAACAAGUUGUCAUCAACUACUUGGAAAAUCCUACUUUGGUAACUUCCAAGAGAAACAAAAUCGACAUGGGUUGUGUCAAAUGGUGCCUAACUUCUUGCACAAAUAUUGACACUGAAGUCACUGAUAUGAUUGUUCACAAGUGGCUAAAAAAUUUGGGGUGCUUAGAUGCCUCCCAGUGUUAUUCCCCGAUGUUGACACUUCUUGAUUUUGGCGGUGUGUUCAUCUCCUUAAAGGACCAAUUGGGCCACUUGGAAAACUUUCCGGUACACGACCAGAAAUUACUACUACAAGACGAACUUUUUAUUGAUAAAGAACAGCUAAAGGAAAAUAUUGUGAAGCCAAGCAUUACCGCUAUGAUCAAUUCCUCUAGUUCCACCAAAGACUUUCUUAGACUGUCAUGUUUCGGGUUUCCUAUCCCCGACGCCACUGUAUGCAUUGUGAAUCCCGAUGACAGCACACUUGUUCCAGAUCUUACAAUUGGCGAACUUUGGGUAUCCUCUUCGAGCAUUACGGAUGAGUUCUAUCAAAUGGACAAAAUCAAUGAGUUUGUUUUCAACGCGCGACUAAAUUUUAAGAAGAUGUUUGAAAUUGCACAAUGGAUGGCGCUGGACGCCUCAGGUGACGCCUCCAGGUCAUUCGAACGGCUUGAUAUGAUCAAAGAGAUUUGCAGUCCAGAAAAAACCUAUAUCAGGACUAAGUUGAUGGGAUUCGUUCAUAAUGGUAAGAUUUUUAUCCUGUCACUGAUAGAGGACAUGUUUUUGCAAAACAAGCUUGUCAGGUUGCCUAACUGGGCCCACACAUCCGAUGUCACCAAGGCUAAAAAGUCCGAAUCAUCCGGAGAAGCGCAAACUCCCACAAACCACGGGUCACUAACGUCAAGAAGAAUAAUUCAGACAUUUUACCUUCAGCAUAUAACAGAAAAUGUUGUACGAAUGGUGGACAAGGCGACCGAGGUCUCAGUGUUUGAACUGCCUCAAAACAAGGAGGAGCAUUUUCUGGUCAUGGCUGUCGAAAGCCCGUUGGCUGUAAAUGCCUCUGCGGGUGCCAUGGUCAUUACUGCACAACAAAAAGAACAGCAUGAAAAAAAGAUGGCAGUCGUGGUAGAGCAGAUUUACAAAAUUCUUUGGAUCUUUCACAGGAUACAGCCACUGUGUGUCAUGUUAGUAUCCCCUCGUUCCCUUCCGCGAAGAUAUUGCUCACUCGAAAUUGCCAAUAGCACAGUUGAGAAAAGGUUUUUGGGCGGCCUUUUAAAUUCGAAAUAUGUGAAGUUCCAGCUCGACAAUGUCAUCUUGGAUUUCAUUCCGCAUUCAAGCUUCGUAAAUGAAAGCAUUUUCUCCGAGCAUUUAUCAUCUCUGCGACACGAAGCCAUGGCACAAGAGGUAUUCGCUGCGACAGGUUCUCCACCGCAAUUGACCUGGCAGACAUCGGGAAUAGAUUAUCGCGAGAAAGCAUUGGACUAUAGGAGCAACACGGAUUUAGCUCCAUUCCCAAACAUUUUAGAGAUUCUUGAGUGGAGGUCGCGCAAAAAUGGCGAUGAGUUUGCUUUUAGUGAUGGUCUUUCUGGUACUUCGGCAUCCACUGCAAAUCCCAACAAUCUUCACAGCAAAGUAUCUUGGAAGUCCUUCUUAUCAAUUGUGGGUAGUUUUGUCAAAAAAAUCGUGCAAUCGAAGAAUCCUUUGAUGAAUGGAGAUUUCGUUAUUGUCAUGUGCGAUAACUCUGUGGAGUAUGUUGCCAUGGUUCUGGCAUGCUUCUAUACAAAUUUGGUGGUCAUACCGAUUGGGCGUUUGAACGAGUCGCACGCUGAAGAAGAAGUGGACUUCCUAUUAAGCACUGUGGUCAACUACAAAGUGAAGAGAAUAUUUGUCGAUGCCAAGAUGCAAGCUGUGCUUGAAGAUGGCGUCAAUAUUAGUAAGAUGUUGAGACGUUAUAAGCACCUCCUCCCGAAGAUCACAACUUUCUCGAAGAUCAAGAGGAAGGGGGACACAUCUACUUCGGGACUCAAGUCUUUACUCACAGGAAGAGGCACUUCUGGUUCAGAUGCUUCUGGUUCUUGCGUUGUGUGGAUAGAUCGUGAAAGAGAUAUCGACCGCGAACUGAAUGUGGUCAUGACACACAAGGUGUUACUCAACAUCUGCAAGAUCUCGAAGGAAACACUGCAGCUGACCAGCGAAAACCCGGUGAUAUCAGUGUAUACUCACACAUCUGGCUUAGGGUUCAUUCAGAGUUGUCUUCUUGGGAUAUACGUUGGGGCAACAACUUCCUUCUUCAACUUUGACGAUGUUCUGAGUGAUGCGACAAAUUUCCUGGUUGCGCUGCAAAAUAGAAACGUGAAGGACUUGCUACUAAGCCCGGAAAUGUUUUAUGCUGUUAUGGACAGGGCAAGCUCUUUGGUUCAAAAGAGUCAGGGCCAAAGCUCGGCUUCUGGAAGGAAGGAUUCUAAAUCUGUCAAGUCGGUUCUCCGCUCGGAUUUCCUGCAAAAAGUUCAGAAUAUCAUGAUACCCUCAAAAGGUAGACCAAGUCUUCUUGCCAUCGAAAAUACGUUGGCUAGAUUUCCUUCAAUUAGCGUCAGCCCAACGCAAUUGAAUCAUUUGUACCAGCAUUUGUUCAAUCCGUUGAUCUCUUUGCGCUCCUACUUGGGUAUACCACCGGUGGAUGUGUACCUCGACCUUGUUUCCCUGCGUGAGGGCGUGAUCAAAGAGGUUGAUCCCAGUGUCUUGCCCACAAAAGAUUCGGGACAAUAUUUGCAUUUGCAAGACUCGGGCGUUGUCCCGGUUUGCACAGACGUCUUGGUGGUAAACCCCGAGACGCUUCAGCCGUGUUUCGAGCAUGAAAUUGGCGAACUUUGGUCAUGCUCAGAGGGAAAUGUGUACGAUUACAACAUAAGUCCUGUGGUUGCUGCUGAAAGACGGAUAGGACAGACAGGUACCAAAGCAAACAAGAGUCAGCUGGGCAAACUUCCGUUCAUUUCGAGUCAGUUCAAAUCUAAGCUUCGAGGCGAUGCUGACAACGGCUUAUCAUACCUGAGAACUGGUGAUUUGGGGUUCAUGAAGAGCAUUAAAUGCACUGACUCCAGGGACAACGUCUUGAGCCUGACGGUGCUCUAUGUUUUGGGCAGUAUCAACGAAACCGUUGAAAUUUUGGGUCUCACCCACUUUGUGUCCGACCUCGAGCAGAUCGUGAGAGACGCCCACUCCAGCAUCCAAAACUGUUUGAUAGCCAAGGUGGGUGGCUUGCUAAGUUGUCUGAUUGAGUGUCGUGGCAACAAAUCGCAUGAAUACUCGAAUUUGACCCCGCUCGUGGUCGCUGCGCUUUUGAAAGACAGUGGCAUAGUCUUGGAUCUGUGCUGUUUUCUCAAACCUCAGUCACUUCAUUACAGCAUAAAGAGAUGGCAGAACAACCGCAUGACCAUAUUGUCCGACUGGCUACGUGGGAAGCUCAAAAUCGACGCCCAUUUCGGUAUCAAUUAUGGUGAAAACAAUUCUAUUUACCUGUUGUCCGAUUUUGAGAAAGAAGGCUAA